AUGUCCGUGAACAUGCUUGCAACCUCUUUGAUUGCCUACAAAGCGUGGGAGUACAGACGCAUGGUGAAGAAGUACUUCAGCUCGGAUGGGAGCACGACGAGUACAUGGAAAGCUCUCGCUCUGCUUGUCGAGUCCGGCACUAUCUACUGUGCGCUACUGAUGUUCCUCGUUGUGUACCAACUCAAGCGGCCAUUUGUGAUCACGAGCAGCGCGAGUGAUUUCGACAAGAUCGGGUGGUAUUUUGCCGAUGGAUGCCUCUUACCCAUAGCCGCGAUUUACCCCACAAUCAUCACUCUGCUCGUUGCCAUGAGGCGAUCGCCAAUCGAGCAUGGAGUUUCGCAGGCCAACGAGGAAAGCGGCACUGGACCUGGGCCUGCCACCGCCAGCACCCUCAUAUUUGGUCGUUCUGCGGUGGAGAGCAUGGGAACAAGGCACAGCAUGAUCUCUGCAGUCGAAUUAGGCGACCAGGGUGGCCCAGAGCAAGUCAACGAAGGGUUGUCCUCCUCGGAGAAGAUCGGCGUAGUAGUCGAGGUAUAG